GGUGUAGAACAAAAUCUAGACAAAAAUUGCACAGGUUCUCUUUAUUAUCCAAAACAACGUUUCUGUCUGCAGUAUGCGUUAAAAUACAUCAGGACACCAUUUUUCAUCUUAAACUCAACAUAUGAUGUGUACUAAUUCCAUCACAUAUUGGUGCCACCUUCUGCUGAUUUGAGUGGGCAUUGGAAUCAUUGUAGGCUUAAUCCAGCGGCAUGUAAUACAAACCAGACAAAUAUCUUGCAAGGGUUCCGGAAAGAUAUGCUUGCAGCUUUGAGUUUAUUUUUUAAAUACUCAAAAAGAGGAGGGAUGUUCAUAAACUCAUGUUUUGCGCAUUGCCAAAGUGAGUCACAAGAUACAUGGCUAACAUCAGACUCCCCUAGAGUGCACAAUAAGACCAUUGCAGAAGCAGUAGGCGAUUGGUACUUUGGAAGAAGGGUGACCAAGGAAAUUGACUGUGCAUAUCCUUGUGAUUCUACCUGCCAUAACUUGAUAGGCUGAAACUGUAAGGUUCAGUUCAGGUAUUACCUUUUGAUAAACGAUUCAAGCUUGCUAAUGAUUCUCAAAAAUACAUUUGGAGUGCAUGGACCUUGAUUUUAUUCAUCUAAUGCACAAUUUUUUGAGUAUAUUUAAGGUCCAAUCAAGGAUUUAAUUA